AUCCACACCACACGCGAGAAUUCUAGGCUCAGAAACAACACGUGAGUUUAUGUUGUGAAUGUGAACUCUUCUUGUUUUAGUUUAUCAUAUUUAAAUGCUCAACGUGAGGUAUGGUCAAGAAUAAGGAAAGCAGUGAAGGAGAAGAGAAUGUAGAUCAGGAUUUCCUGGAUCAGGUUUUGAAUCAGCUUUACGAUUUUGGUGAUGGAGCAAAAAACAGAAAAACCAAGAAAUCACAAAAGAAAAAGAAGAAAAUAACACAGGAAGGAGAAGCCGAGGAAUCGGCCAGUAAGGACACGCUCACAAACUCUGUGAUACAUUUUGAGGACCGUGACGAGUCCCUAUAUUCAAAAAACUCUGUUCAGAUUGAUUCAACGAAGGCCGAGACUUCCACCUUGGCAACCAAGCAUUCAGAUGUCCCAGUUGUUGUUUUUGAGGAUCCUUUAAAGAAACAGAGAACAAAACCUCAAAUAGAAAUGACGGAAAGGAAAGAAGAUGGAAAAGAAGUAAAGCCUCCAGAAAUGAAGAAACGUAAGACAGAAGAGGAAGAUGAAUUCAGUAUAGAAAAGGCAAGACUUGAAGUCCAUAGAUUUGGAAUCACUGGCUACAAGAAGGAUCAACAGAGAGUCUUUGAGCAAGACAGAGCAAUCAUGCUUGGAGCGAUGCCUCCUAAAAAAGAAUAUGUAAAUUACAAACACUACCAGCAAAUGAUCAAGGAGAAGAAACAGAAAGAAGAGGAGGAAGCUAAAGGGGACAAAAGUAAAAACAAAAGGAAAGAAGGGAAGCCAAGGGAUAAGAAACCGAGGCCGAUGUCCAGUGGAGAGCCUUCAGGUCAAAUUGGACGGUUUAAAGGUGGCGUGCUGGUCCUGAACUCCAAACAAUUACAGGCAAUGAAUGGCAAAAUAAAAAAGUCUAAGUGACAAGAUUUU